AUGGCUUCUCUUCGUUCAUUUAUACGUGCCGUGAGAUCUGGCAAGACAAUUGCUGACGAAAGGGUGGCGAUUCGUAAAGAGUCGGCCAAAAUAAGGACCUCGUUUAGAGAUCCUCAUUUGGAUGAGGAACAUAGACGCAAGAACAUCCAGAAGUUGCUCUAUCUUUACAUUCUUGGAGAACCGACGUACUUUGGACAAGUAGAGUGCCUCAAGUUACUUGCCUCACCUUUGUUCACCAACAAAAGACUCGGAUAUCUGGCUUCGAUGCUUAUUUUGGACGAGAAUCAAGAGAUUCUUACCCUUCUCACGAAUUCAUUGGAUAAUGACCUUAAAAGCUCUAAUCAAUACAUAACAGGGUUAGCUUUGUGUACUUUGGGUAAUAUUGCAUCAUCAGAAUUGGCCAAAGAUUUGUAUACGAAUGUUGAAAGCUUGUUGAACGCCAAUUCGCAUUAUCUUCGAAAGAAAGCAGCUAUAGUGGCUGCCAAACUAGUGAAAAAGGAACCGGAUUUGUCAGAGGUGUUCAUUGAUAAGGUUCCGGUUUUGUUGAAGGACAAAUCACACGGUGUUCUUCUUUCUGCGUUGAAAUUAGUUAAGGAAAUCUUCCUUAAUGACGAGACUUCGCACGAUGUUCUACGUGGACAGGUUCCCCAGAUCUUAACUCAUCUUAGAUUUCUUUCUACGACAGGAUAUUCGCCAGAAUACGAUGUUAAGGGUGUUCCGGAUCCAUUUUUGUACGUUUCUUUACUUGAAACGCUACGUUUACUUCUUCAAGGCGAUGAAAACAACCCAAAUUUGGAGUCUUUGAAUGAUCUUUUAACUCAGAUUUGUUCCCGGCUGGAAAACUCUAAAGGACCGGCCCAUGCUGUUCUUUAUGAGGCUGUUCAGACGAUUUUUGCCGUCAACUCAGACUCUUCUUUGAGAGUUUUGGGUGUGAACAUCCUCAGUAAGUUCCUCUCUUUGAAGGAUAACAAUACAAAAUAUGUUGCCUUGAAUGCUUUACUUAACGUUAUUAAUUAUGAGCCAUUGGCUGUUCAAAGACACCGGACAAUGAUCGUUGGAUGUUUGAAAGAUGGAGAUAUUUCCAUUCGUAGAAGAGCUUUGGAACUUUCUUUCGCCAUUAUGAAUCCGCAGAACAUUCGGAUGCUUACCAAAGAACUUAUCAAGUUCUUAUCAGGUUCUGACGAUGAGCUUAAACCAUACAUUACCACCCAGUUAUCGUUGGCUUGCUAUAAAUAUUCGCCAAGCCUUGAGUGGACCUUCGACACUCUCAUUCAAAUGCUUGAAAUCUCUGGUGGUUACUUCUCGGAUGACAUUAUUUCCAGCAUUCUAGCACUUGUGAUGCAAAAUAAGAACACAAAUCUUACAAAGAAUGCUGUGGUUCACCUUAUAAAGGCAUCUCAGGUCUCGUACACAGAAUUCGGUCUUGCGCUUGUGACUAUCUGGUGUCUUGGAGAGUACGGUGAUCUUGCCUUGGGUAGAACGUACACAAAUAUCAGUUCAGAAACGGAAACAAUCAGCGAGGGGUCUGAAGUAGAUUUACUAGACAAAUUUUUGAAUCUAUCGACCUCUGAUGAUGCCUCUAGAAGAGGGAAAGUUCGCUUAUAUGCUCUAACGGCAGCACUAAAGUUGUCAGUGCGGUUUAAGGGAGCCAGAGAAGUAGAGAGACUUAGAAGGAUGAUCGAGUCGUCUAAGGAAGACAUCAAUUUGGAGAUUCAGAUCCGAGCAAUAGAGUACAUGGAGAUAUUUGGAGAACCUGGAACUAUUAAGAAGGGACUUCUAGAGAGGAUGCCACCUCCUCCACCAAAGGAACACGAGGGAAUUUCUCUAUUUGAGCAGACUUCUAGUACGCAGAGGGGGGUAUUGACUACCUCAGCAACGAAAGAUGGGACCAACACGGGAAAUUUGUUACUUGAUUUACUCGACGAUGAGCCAAGUGAUCCUCAGCAGCAGCAACAGAAGCCUGAGGAACCAUCACAGAAGACAGAGAGUAGUACAUUGGACAUUCUUUCGGAUAUUUUUGGAGAUCAAAGCAUCAAACCUACAGAAAACACGUCUGCAAACACUAUAAUGGACAUAUUAGGCAGUUCCAAGAGUGAAAAUGAAGGAGAAUCUGCCAAAAUAGAGGCAUUUAACGACGGAAACGUGUCUAUUGGGUUUAAUCCCGAAAAAAUAGGGGCAGGAGAAGCAUUAAUAACAUGCGUGGUGAAAAAUGAAACUUCUCUGAGUAUUGUGGAAGAGAUAUCGGUACUAUGUGCGGUAACAAAGCACCAAAAACUUGAGCUCUCUCCCAUAUCAAGUAGUAUGCUACGAGGAAAAGAAGCAGCUACGCUGAAGAUUAAAAUUACAGGAAAGGAAGGAGCCAAAAUCAAGAUGAGGAUCAAAAUCGGGUACAAAAUCGGUGGAGAUAAGUUGCAAAAGCAGUUUGAUUUUGCAGGAAUUAGUGAUAGAAUGUAA